AUGAGGCACCUGAAAUACGAGCGACUUAUUAGGGCGUGUUACCCGCCCGGUUUGGGUGACAAAAAGCCCAAGCCAAGCGAGCUGUCGUAUUUAAUCUACUACCUGAAUACGCACCGGUCGCAAAUCCCCCAGGCAUCGGAGUUUCUCGAGCGCAAGGCUCUGAAAUAUGUUGCAAAGAACCGUAUCGGCAAUGCGUCGGUGACGGUGGGGAUCAUGUCCCAAAUGAUUCAGGACUGCAAGGACGACUUGAACAACUUUGCACCCGAGGCUAUUUCUAUUAUAGCCAUUGCCCUUGACUCCAGCGAGCUUGGGCUGCUUAAUUGUGCAUCAGAGGCUUUCCGCGCCUUCAAUAUUAACCACGACGGUCUCCAGUUUGCUUAUGACAAGCAGUUGGUCGAGGAUUACCGGGCUCUGGUGCGAAAAUUCAUUGUUAUCUCCACAUCUGCAGGCCCUCAGUCCCGCAUUCAGCACGGCCUUGGUCUCCAGGCGCUUUCCAGUUUGUCUAUCUCUGCUGCGCUGAGCACUACAGUUGGUCAAGAAACGUUGGAAGAGGCGGUGCCAACUUUCUACAGCACGUUGCCUGUCGACGAGACGGGGGCUGUUUUUGAAAGGUUCAAUUUGGAAUUCGCUUCUAUUGAGGCUCAUUCCAUUAUAGAUAUGGCCAAGAACACUCACAACCUCGCUUUGUGGGCAUUAAGAAGAAGCUUUGACACUUCAAAUGGCUCCUUGGUCGUCAGGCUCACCAGCCGUUUGUUGACUUGCAUGGAGCGUCUCGAUACUAGACCUACCCGGUGGCUGUGCGCUCUAUUCGAGGCUGCUGCUCAGUGGGCGCAGGUACAACUGCGCUACAAGGUCGUUCAAACCUUAAUUGAGCGGAUGUGCCGUUUGGACAUUGCUGCUGUCGAUGCCAUCAAGAGUUACAGUGUAUUGCUGCAGUCUCUGCUUGGGUCAGCUACUGUCUCGUUUGUUGGUCUAGCUGUCACAGACGUCCUACGGGACCUCCUCAAACUUCAACAUCGUUUGGUGACUUCUGAGUUUGGUGAUGCCAAGCUGAAACAGAACGCGAGCGAGCUUGUCAUUGAAAUCAGAAAAAUCAUCGGCUCGCUUGGCCAGCACACGGUUUAUGCUGGUCAAGUCACUGACAUGGUAGCUGAGAUCCUUUGGAAAUAUUCCUCAACCGGUGCGCCUCCAGAAAGAGCACAGUCAGGUGCUUCUGUCGACCAUAAGAACCCCCAGGUCAUCAGCACCGACAUGCUGAAUGUUCGUGAACUUAUUGAUACCUUGCCUGCUACCGAGCGUUUGAUGGUUAACUUGUGGGCUUCGACCCAGUGGUUGCUUAAUUCCGAGGAUGUUGACGUCCUGAAAAACUACACUCUCGCGUUCGUUGAAUACCUUCGGCGAGCUCAUCGGGUUGUCAAGGCUCAGGCUCGAAUUGAAAGCUCUAUCGGACGACAACUGGCCAAUGUACUCCUCGACUCCCACAACAAGGUGGUCAACUAUAUUGCCAUUUAUUAUUGCCUGACUGCUUUGGCUGAGCAUCUUGGUGAGCACGCUAUCUCAAUCUGCCGCUGGGCAUAUCACGUUCAGGAGGUUGGGGUGUCAAAUUCAAAAAUGUCCAACAAUGAGUCCGUCCAGUUUUCUUCUCUUCAAGUCGUUUCCCUGCUGAGCGUUAGCCAGGGCGUAUUGUUAGCGAUCUUCACCGCUGCUCGCCGUCAAGAGCCUGCAGACACAUGUUUGCAAGUGAUCAAAAAGAGAGUUUCUGAACAGCUCUGGUUGCCUGGGAUUAUCUAUCCUGCAACUAUUCCUAUCACCGAUGCGCUCUCGGUGGCUUUGAAUCAGCCUCCGUCUGAGCCUAGCUCUAUGCACGCCGAAAACGACACUAGUGUUAUUAUUACUAUUGAGCAGCUCCAAUUGAGUGAAGAGGAGAGAAGUUGGGUUUCUGCCUCAGAUGAAGGCAUCGAUGAUCUUACAUUCCCUGAGGCUUUCAAUAUUUACAAGAAACGUGCGCCAUCAGUUGCUGCUUCAGCUCAUACUGAUUUGCAAUUCUCCAGCGUGCGGAGCAACCACACUUCAGAAACUGACACCCCCACAGUCUCCCAAUUGAUCCGUCGCGCGUCAAGUUCAAUUUCCAUGCAGAAUUCAGGUCGGGCCAGCCGGCCAACUACCAAGCCAACGCAAAGUAAUAGCCUUGGACUGCGGGCACAAGUGGCAGAUAUACUUGCUGAUCUCAAACUGGAUAGCAGCUCACGUGGUAAACUUGCUGUUUAA